UGAUCAAUCUGGCCACGUCACGCAAUUUUCGAUACUGGGCCAAUCACAAGAUGGCCACACGUCACCAACGGAAGGAAACGAGUGAAAUGUAUCGCGGGAUCUGAGUUGGAUCCCGGAAGCUCCACGUCAGACAGAGAUAGAGAGAGGGACAGAAACCGGGGAGAUGCCUCUGCGACUUGAUAUCAAACGAAAACUAACAGCUCGGUCUGACCGAGUGAAGAGUGUAGACUUGCACCCUACUGAGCCAUGGAUGCUGGCAAGCCUUUAUAAUGGCAGCGUAUGUGUGUGGAACCAUGAAACACAGACACUGGUGAAAACAUUUGAAGUAUGUGACUUGCCUGUCCGAGCAGCAAAAUUUGUGGCCAGAAAAAACUGGGUUGUUACAGGAGCAGAUGACAUGCAAAUCAGAGUCUUCAACUACAACACACUGGAGAGAGUGCACAUGUUUGAGGCUCACUCUGAUUAUAUCCGUUGCAUUGCAGUCCAUCCAACUCAACCUUAUAUCCUAACCAGCAGUGAUGACAUGUUGAUUAAAUUAUGGGACUGGGAUAAGAAAUGGUCAUGCUCUCAGGUGUUUGAAGGCCACACCCACUAUGUAAUGCAGAUUGUAAUUAAUCCUAAAGACAACAACCAGUUUGCCAGUGCCUCUCUGGACCGCACCAUCAAGGUAUGGCAGCUGGGAUCUUCCUCGCCCAACUUCACCCUGGAAGGGCACGAGAAAGGUGUCAACUGUAUUGAUUAUUACAGUGGGGGUGACAAACCUUAUCUCAUCUCUGGAGCUGAUGACAGAUUGGUUAAGAUAUGGGACUACCAGAAUAAGACCUGCGUACAAACGUUGGAGGGUCAUGCUCAGAAUGUUUCCUGUGUUAGCUUUCACCCUGAGCUUCCCAUCAUCAUAACAGGGUCUGAAGAUGGAACUGUGAGAAUCUGGCACUCGAGCACAUACCGCCUGGAAAGCACCUUAAACUAUGGAAUGGAGCGUGUGUGGUGUGUGUCUGGGCUCCGAGGAUCUAACAAUGUUGCUUUGGGAUAUGAUGAGGGCAGCAUUAUUAUUAAGCUGGGUCGUGAAGAGCCUGCAAUGUCAAUGGACGCUAAUGGGAAAAUCAUCUGGGCCAAACACUCUGAGGUGCAGCAGGCCAACCUGAAAGCUAUGGGAGAUGCAGAGAUCAAGGAUGGCGAGAGGCUCCCACUGGCUGUGAAAGACAUGGGUAGCUGUGAAAUUUACCCCCAGACAAUACAGCAUAACCCCAAUGGAAGGUUUGUGGUGGUGUGUGGAGAUGGAGAAUACAUCAUUUACACUGCUAUGGCCCUAAGGAACAAGAGUUUUGGAUCUGCACAGGAGUUUGUCUGGGCUCAUGACUCCUCUGAGUAUGCCAUUAGAGAGAGCACCAGUGUGGUGAAGAUCUUCAAGAAUUUCAAGGAAAAGAAAAGUUUCAAACCAGACUUUGGCGCAGAAGGUAUCUAUGGUGGAUUUUUGCUGGGAGUCCGCUCUGUCAACGGUUUAGCUUUCUAUGACUGGGAGAACACGGAACUUAUUCGGAGAAUUGAAAUCCAGCCUAAGCAUAUUUUCUGGUCCGAUUCUGGAGAACUAGUCUGUAUAGCUACUGAAGAAUCCUUCUUCAUUCUGAAAUACAUGUCGGAGAAGGUUGCAGCAGCACAGGAGACACAUGAGGGAGUGUCGGAAGAUGGAAUUGAGGAAGCUUUUGAGGUUCUUGGUGAAAUUCAGGAAAUAGUGAAGACUGGACUGUGGGUUGGUGAUUGUUUUAUUUACACCAGCACAGUGAACAGACUGAACUACUAUGUAGGUGGGGAGAUUGUUACCAUUGCACACUUAGACAGGACCAUGUACUUGCUUGGUUAUAUCCCCAAAGAUAAUCGCCUUUAUCUGGGAGACAAGGAACUGAACAUUGUCAGUUAUUCUUUGCUUGUGUCAGUUCUGGAAUAUCAGACAGCUGUAAUGAGGAGAGAUUUCAGCAUGGCUGACAAAGUAAUCCCAACCAUCCCCAAGGAGCAGAGGACGCGUGUGGCUCACUUUUUGGAGAAACAGGGCUUUAAGCAACAAGCUCUGGCAGUGUCCACUGAUCCAGAACACCGUUUCGAACUGGCUUUACAGCUAGGAGAGCUCCAGAUCGCCAACCAAUUAGCUGUGGAAGCAGAGUCUGAGCAGAAAUGGAAGCAGCUAGCAGAACUUGCAAUCAGCAAAUGUCAGUUUGGGUUGGCACAGGAAUGUCUUCACAAUGCCCAGGACUAUGGAGGUCUUUUGCUCCUGGCCACUUCCUCUGGGAAUUCCACCAUGGUGAACAAGUUGGCUGAAGGGGCAGAGAGAGAUGGCAAGAAUAAUGUGGCUUUUCUAAGUUACUUCUUACUAGGAAAACUGGACACUUGUCUGGAACUCUUGAUUUCCACUGGCCGACUCCCUGAAGCUGCAUUUCUGGCAAGAACUUACCUACCAAGCCAGGUGUCCAGGGUGGUAAAGUUAUGGAAAGAAAGCCUGAGCAAGAUCAACCAAAAGGCAGCAGACUCUUUGGCCGACCCCACAGAAUAUGAGAAUCUGUUUCCUGGUCUAAAGGAGGCCUUCCUGGGAGAACAGUGGUUGAAGCAAAAGGGUAGUGCUCUCCUACCUGCAAAACAGUAUCCCCAAGUGACACCUAACGAAGAAAGAAAUGUCUUAGAAGAAGCAAAGGGAUUUGAGCCAACAGAAGAAACAGCCUCCUUGGAGGCAGAAGCAUCAAAUGACAUUCCCCAAGCAGUGCCAGUGCUUGUCCCCAUCCCCACACCGUCUGCUCCAGUUAAAGAGACACCUGCUCCUAAAAUUACAGAAGACAAGGCUUUCCUGGAUCUAGAGGAUGAUUUGGAUAACAUGGAGCUGGAUGACAUCGACACCACAGACAUCAAUUUAGAUGAUGAGCUUUCAGAUGACUAAAUUUUAUAACAACGUUUUAUUUAAGUGACCAAAACUUUAAACCCUCUCCGGUUUGUAGGCCAUGUAGUAUCUGGGCUUUCCGCUUGCCAUACAGAUAAGAUACUGCACUCCUGCCUGUACAGACAUCUUUAUUGUGAAUCAAAGAGAACCUAUUUGUACAUUUCCUUGUCAGCUUCUCUCUACAUUCAUAAUGUGUUUCCUCUGUUAUGUCUGACAUGAGAAAUGUCUAUUUGCAUUAACUGAAAAAUAAAAGUUAUUGCUUUAA